GGCCCCCAUAGCUGUAUGCCAUGUCGCCUGCUGCCCCAACCGCGCCGGCCCCGGCGUCGUCUCCUGGGGGAGCGGGGGGCUCGUGGCCUUCGGUUCCUGCCGCUCCGUCGUCCUUUACGACCCGCAGAAAAGAAAAGUAGUCGGCACCCUGAAUGGUCAUACUGCAAGAGUCAAUUGUGUACAAUGGAUCCACAGAAAUGAUGGAUCUUUUCAGAUGGAAUUGAUUUCUGGAGGGUCAGACAAACUUCUUAUUCUUUGGGAAACACAAAAUGAUAAGCUUGUGAAGUGCACUCAUUUUGAAGGUCACACUGAAGCGGUGUGUGCUUUGGACCUGUUUACAUGACAAAUGAGUCUACAGGAGAUUUUUUCUACCAUAGCCUCUGCAGCAUCUGACUCAACAGUUAGAAUUUGGUCUAAACAAGGAAAAGAAGUUAAAUGUCUUCAGACACUGCUGUUUGGAAAUGGGUUUGCAAUGGAUGUUUCUUUGUCCUUCUUGCCUGGCAGCAAUAUACCAGUACUUGCUUGUGGUGGAGAUGAUUGCAAAAUUCAUUUAUACGUGCAACAAGCUGAACAGUUUCAGAAAACGUUGGUACUCCAUGGCCAUGAAGACUGGAUAAGAGGGGUUGAAUGGGCAAUUAGUAGAGAUGGGGAUCUCUUCUUGGCAAGCUGUGCUCAGGACUGUCUGAUAAGGAUCUGGAAGAUGUGUGUUGCUUCAUCACUUAUGGAAGCCCAAGAUGAGGACAUUAUUAGGCUGAAGGAGAACAUUUUCACUGCAAAAGAUAAUAUUGGUUCAGAGACAUCUUAUGCUGUUACACUGGACUCUGUAUUAGCAGGACAUGAAAGCUGGGUCUAUGCUGUUCAUUGGCAGCCUUCAUUUUUUAAAGAUGGCAGGAUGGAACAGCCAGUGAGGUUACUGUCUGCUUCAAUGGAUAAAACGGUGAUCUUGUGGGCUCCAGAUGAUGAAUCUGGGGUGUGGUUGGAACAGGUCCGAGUGGGAGAAGUGGGUGGAAAUACACUUGGAUUUUUUGACUGUCACUUCAGCCCAGAUGGCUCAAUGAUUCUUGCUCAUGCAUUCCAUGGCGCCCUGCAUCUUUGGAAACAGAAAACAGAAAAUAAGAGAGAAUGGACUCCAGAAAUGGUGAUUUCAGGACAUUUUGAUGACGUACAAGCUGUGAAGUGGGAUCCAGAGGGGGAAUUUAUCAUUUCUGUUGCUUCUGAUCAAACAACAAGAAUCUUUGCUCCAUGGAAAAAAGGGAACAAAGAAGAUGUGUCAUGGCAUGAAAUGGCAAGGCCCCAAAUCCAUGGAUACGACAUGCAGUGUCUAGCAAUGAUUGGGCGAUUUCAGUUUGUGUCCGGAGCAGAUGAGAAAGUUCUUCGUGUUUUUACUGCACCCAGGAAUUUCAUCGAAAACUUCAGCAGCCUUUCUGGUAUAUCUCUGGAAAAAUUGUAUUCCAAUCAAAUGAUUGAUCUUCCAGAAGGGGCUACUGUACCAGCCUUGGGUUUGUCCAAUAAGGCUGUCUUUCAAGCUGGAGAUGCAGAGGCUCAAGAAACUGAAGAUGAGAACAAACUUAGUAAUGCUUCCAGUCAGUAUCGUGAGAAUUACUUUCAGCCAUGUUGUCUGGCAGAACCACCAACAGAAGAUCAUCUCUUGCAGAACACACUAUGGCCUGAAACCCAAAAGUUAUAUGGCCAUGGCUAUGAAAUUUUCUGUGUCGCCUGCAAUAAUGCCCAAACUGUGAUUGCCUCAGCAUGUAAGGCUUCUAAGAAAGAACACGCGGCUAUUAUUUUGUGGAGCACUGGAACUUGGAAGCAGCUACAGAGCUUACCUUUCCACAAUCUGACAGUGACACAGCUUUCAUUUUCCCCCAAUGAUAAAUACUUACUAGCAGUUUCAAGAGACAGAAAAUGGUCACUCUGGAAAUGUAAAGACAUCAGUCCAACCGAAUCAGAACCAGUUUUCUAUCUCUUUGCUUGUACUGAUCCAAACGUGGCUGGGCACAGUCGCAUCAUUUGGUCCUGUGACUGGACCCCUGAUAGCAAGUAUUUUAUUACUGGGAGCAGAGACAGAAAGGUCAUGAUUUGGGGUGAAUGUUGUUCAGCAGAGGAGAAUAAAGAGAAUGUCAUGAGAGUGAUACAUCUUUGUUCAGCAGUCCUGGAUGUUGGGGAUUCUGUCACUGCUGUGAGUGCUAGUCAUGUGCUUGCUCCUGAUGGAAGCUACAUCAUUGCAAUAGGAACAGAGUGUGGGAAGAUUUACUUGUACAAAUGGAAACCAGGUGACAAUGAGAAGCUGCCACUAUCUGACUGGACCAAAUGUGCUGAGACAGAUGACAGCCAAAGCCACACUCUUGUUGUCAAGCAGCUGUGCUGGAGAAAAUGCGUAGGCAGAGCUGGGCAGGACGCAACAGCAGAGAGCACAGAGUGGCUCCAGCUGGCGAGCGGUGGGGCUGACUACUGUGUCAAGAUCUUCAAUAUUAACAGAGGCGAGCUUUAAACAAUAUUUUUUGGGCCAGAUGGACUGACUUCUUGACAUGCCUGAAAAUCCUCCUUUUUCUAAACUGAUUUAUUGUUUUUAAAAAAAGCAGUUUUCUUUCUUCUUUCUUCUUUUUUUGUACUUAAAGCUGCAGCAACUCACACAUGUCUGAAUUCAGCUUAUUUAUUAAAGUGGUUUGAAGAAA